UGUUUGUGUCUGCUUGACACUGGCUAGGGUCAUCUGGGAAAAGGGUACCUCAAUUAAGAAAAUAAAUGCUUCCUUCAGACUGGCCUGUCAGCAAGUCUACAGAGGACACUCUCUUGAUUAAUAAUUGACAUGGGAGGGUCCAUACCACUGUGGGAGGUGCCAACCCUGGGCAAGUGGUCCUGGGUGUUGUUAAGUGACUAAGCCAGUAGGCAGCACUCCUUCGAGGCCUCUGUUUCCGCUCUUACCUCCAGGUUCCUGCCCUGGCUUCCCUCCAUGAUGGCUUGUGAUGGGGUGACAUAAAGCAAACCCCAAGUUGGUCUUUAUCACAGUAACACAAAGCUAAAUAGGAGAGAAAUGCCUACUGGAGGGGACCAAAGUAGAGACAAAGACACCUGUUAAGAAGUUCUUCAGCUCUUUUAAUGGCAGCGUCUUUAAUCAAGAUGCUGACAUAAGAAAUGGGGAUAAGUGGGGUACCCAGAACAUUUGGAAACUGGAAUCUAAGAGAGUGGGUGACAGAAAGGCGUCUGCUUGAAACAAAGACCGUGUAAAAUAGAAGGGAGAAAGUACACUUAAUUUGCUCCUGGGCGCAAAUCGCCCCUUCUCCUUAGGUGCUGUAUAUGAAAAGAGGAGACAGCAGUAUAGAGGUGGGGUACCCGCCCACUGAAAUCCGGGAACUUUUAUUUAAAGUGGGCGGGCGUCAGCGGAGGAUGCAACGAUGAACACAGGUACUUCCGGUUGUUACGGAAGUGGGACUUCGUCUUCUCCCAAGCUCCUCCCUCAGCGGCCGGGCACAGUGACAGAAUGGCCAAGCGGACGGCGCCGCUGCUGCUGCUAACCUUGGCAGUGGGACUCGCGGGGGGUUCCCAGGGCGACCGCGAGCCCGUGUACCGCGACUGCGUGCUCCGAUGCGAGGAACGGAACUGUUCGGGAGACGCACUGAAGCACUUCCGCUCCCGCCAGCCAAUCUACAUGAGCCUAGCUGGCUGGACCUGUCGGGACGACUGCAAGUAUGAGUGUAUGUGGUUCACUGUUGGCCUCUACCUUCAGGAGGGCCACAGAGUGCCUCAGUUCCAUGGCAAGGUGUCUCUCAAUGCUUGGUUCUGGUCCACAGUCUUCCAUACCAGGGACACUGACCUCACAGAGAAGAUGGACUACUUCUGCGCUUCAGCUGUCAUCCUGCAUUCUGUUUACCUGUGCUGUGUCAGGACCGUGGGACUACAGCACCCGUCUGUGGCCAGUGCCUUCGGUGCCCUGCUGCUGCUGCUGCUGACAGGACACAUAUCCUACCUGAGCCUUGUCCAUUUCGACUACGGCUACAACAUGAUGGCCAACGUGGCUAUCGGCCUGGUGAACCUGGCGUGGUGGCUGGUCUGGUGCCUACGGAACCGCCAGCGCCUCCCUCACACCCGCAGGUGUAUGGUGGUGGUAGUGCUGCUGCAGGGGCUGUCCCUGCUGGAAUUGCUUGACUUCCCGCCCCUCUUCUGGGUCCUGGACGCCCACGCCAUCUGGCACAUCAGCACCAUCCCGGUCCACACCCUCUUUUUCAGGUUUCUGGAAGAUGACAGCUUGUACCUACUGAAGGAAUCUGGAGCCAUGUUCAAGCUGGACUAAAGAGGCUGGGAGAGAGUGGCUCCAUCCGCCUCGUCCCUGAGGCGUCUCAGGGCAUCUCCCUUCUCCCCCCCCCCCCUUGAGAUGAUUGGCUUUUCCCCUUUUAGCUUCCUGAACUUGAUUAUGUGGGGUUUGGACCUGAAAUCCUGUAGCUACCUGGCCCUUGCUGGCCUUCACAUGGAACCUGUCUUGGGGGCGGCCUCCCCACAUCUGGGGCAGGGACUAGGCAGCUGUCCGGUGGCUGGGCCUGAACGGAGACCAAGUUUAGAGGUUCACAGAGAGGAGGAGGGCUGCGUCUAUAUUCCCCAACCCCUCCCUUUCCACAUCACUCACCCCCAUAGUGCCACCCCAAGUACCUCCACUUACCCCCCAAACCACACCCACAGGCCUUUGGGGUUCGUUGGGAUCUCUUUUUGUCAGGGCACACUAGGUGGCGCUGGAUGCUUGCUUCUCAGCUGCCCAGGUUUCUCUCCAGCUCUGAGGAACCGGGCUCCUUGGGUAGGAGGGGUUUCUACCCUGCCUCCCACAACCCAGCCAGGACCCCGGGAAGCUCAGGAUCAGAACCCAGUCUGCUGUUCUGACUGGGAGUGGACACAUUGACACAUAGAGGGCUAUGGGCCAAGCCAGGGGCAGAGAUGACCAUGUGGCCAGUGAGCUGGGGCACUGUGGGUCUUCACUUAGAGUGUACUGCAGUUCAGGGGGCAGGGCGCUGAGGUGGUUUGGGGAAGGUAUGUGUAAGAGAUGAACAUGCACCGGAUACGCUGGUAGGAGGCGGAAGCAGAACUCUGGAAUCAAGUCAUCAACAGUCACUGGAACUCCAAGUCUGCCCCAGGCCCCAAGGCCAUCCAGCUGCUAGGAUAUACACAUGACCUGAUAGACUUUGGGAUGCUGGGUGGGAGUGUGGGUGCCCACCCAGUGCCCCCUUUGCACUCCACUCAAAUCACAUACCUCCCCCCACGUCUUGAGAGCGCCCUGCAGAACUAGCUCCCCCCCCCCCAAGGCAGGGAGGCGGAGGGGGAAGUACCCACUCCUGCCCCCUGGUUCUUUAUCUUGGGAUGGUGGACCUCCCACUCAGUUCCCUUUGUCAGAGCUGGACUCUCCCCGGCCAAUCCCAGGGCAAGCAGGGCCCAUUCAGCCUGUAUCCUGAACCAACCCAUCAGGAAGGCUGUCUGCAGUUGAGCCCUGCCUCUGUCCUCUACCCCCUCUUUGCGGGGGAGGAUAGCUAUGCCAAGGCUCCAGCUCAGGUACUUAGGCAGCCUAUUAGGGUUUUGGUUUUUGUUUUGUUUUGGUUUUGUACUAAGAAUAAUUUUAAGGCCGGAGGCAGGAAAGGGCAUGCUUAAUAAAGCAACUCCUGGCCUCCCUCA